GUUUUAAGCAAUUAAACGUCUAUCCCUUAGCCUAUCUGUGUGCCAAUCUUGAACAGAAUCAGUCUUCUCGGGUCUUGCACCACACGCUCGGAUAUGUGGAUUAGCAAAGCGACCUAGACGAGAGCAACAUUAACGUGUCUACUCAAAUGCUGCAAUCUCGAACAUGUCGCACUGGUGCCAGCGGGCGUCCGUUUGGUGACAGGCUAAGGCGCAGCGCGUUUGGAGGACGUGGGUUAGCGGUUUGCACACAUGCCAGCAGCAGCGACGCCCCUGAUUCAAGGAGCAGCAGGAUUUUGCCGAUCCCCGACGGACCGGCUCAACAAGCACAACAAGCAGCACAAGCAAUUGAGGCUGCCUGGCGCGAUGGAGUUCGUCGACAGCGGUUGGAGCUGAUGCUACCGCUGAUUGGAGCCACAGACCUAGACGACUGGCCCGGUGGCAUUCGGCAACAGUUUAAAGCUGCGCAGCCCAUGGUGGAAUCCAUCCUACGCACAGUCAAGCAGACCGAGGGCUUGCAGGGCCCGCUCGCUGCCAACGUCUGGGACCAGGGGGACGCAGUGGGCGCCUGGACGGGCAAGAACCUUGCCUGCGUGUUGUUCCCCACAGCGGCAACGUUAGACAGGCUCAACAAGCUGUGCACGGGUCCCGGAGCGCCCGGCCUGGUGCUCAUCGUGAACCCGCAGUGGGAGACGCGAGGCAACCUGGUGUCGGACUUUGGUUUCGGAGCCCGGAGGCAGGAGGCGGAGCGCUUCAUCGCCAGCUUCCAGCCCACCUACUCGCUAAAGCAGCUGAGGGUGUACGGAGACACGGUCAGGACUCUGAAGGCGCACCCCAACCGCUGGCAGCUGCACCUGGCUCGCCGCGCCGGCAGCUCCAGCAGCAGCCGCGCGGGCAACGACUGCAUCGCCACGCGCGACGAGGCGCCCAGCUACGCAGAGAUCGAGUCGCUGCUGCGGGCGCGGCCCGACUCGGCGGUGAACAAGGUGGGGCGCAGGGCGGCCGGGAUCAACCAGUCCAUCUUUGACCGCAUACGAAGCGAGCUAAGUUUCAACCAGGACACGUUGCGGCAGCAGCCGUAGACCCAUCUCCUGGCGGCCUCAGCGGCUGCUGCUGCUGCAGGGGUGCACGGCUCCGUCCAUCCGUGAUUGCAUAGAAAGGGAGAUGAAGUGGGAGACAUGAGAGAGGAGGGGUGUCAAGCUACGGCUGCUGUAUUUCAUUAAACGAGCUGAGUGCGCGAACGGGUGUUUAAUUUACCGGCUGAGAUUUUUUGCAGCUUUAUACGAGAUGGUGGUGGUGGUGGUAGUGAUGAGGGUUAUGGCAGUAUGUGUGCGGUUUUGCUUAGAGUGCAGGACGCUGAUGAUUAAGGGCUGAGCCCUGGAAGGGCUGUUAAGCUGCUAUGUCUUGGUUGUGAGCAGUUCUUGACUGGUUUAGGAGCUGCCUCUUCGGUUCGUUGUGGCAAGCUGCCGGCUGCCUAAAGUAUGGUUGCAUUGCUGGGGUUGCGUGGCGGUUUGUUGGUUAGAAGGCUGCGUUACGCCUGUGGGUUGUACAACAGAAUUGUGGUUAAGCUCGCAAAGAGGAGAAGAGACAUAACAUGUUAUGCAACCAAUGCAAGGCAUAGUGCCUUGUUUGCUGCUUUCAGUAGCAGAAAGCCCCAGGCA